AUGGACCAAAAUCUUCGCAAAGAUCCACGCUACAAAAAAUAUGUUUCUAGCGUCGAGAAAAUUUUGUUCUUAUUUGAUAAGGAAGUGAACGAAUGGGCUGAUUUUAUUACAUUUUUGGGAAAGCUGUUAAAGGCUUUCCAAGCAAACGCUAAGCAAUUUAACGAAAUACCAUUUAAGCUUAUUGUUGGAAAACGUCUCGCACAGUCUCUGAAUCGUGCACUACCGCAUGGUGUCCACCAAAAAGCCUUAGAAGUGUAUGAUUGUAUAUUUCAGAGUAUAGGUCCAGACAUAUUUGCCGAAGAUCUAUCAAUAUAUUCACAAGGCUUAUUUCCAUUACUUCGGUAUGCUAAGUUGCCUGUCAAGCCUCAACUACUGGAAAUAUACGAAAAAUAUUAUUUUCCAUUACGAAAGCGGCUACGCCCUGUUAUGAAAGCUUUUAUUACAGCCUUGUUACCUGGUCUGGAUGAAGAAGGCAGUGAGUUUUACGAUAAGGUUCUAUCGCUUCUCGAUAAUCUUUCGGGAAUCGUGGAACAGUCUUAUUUUCUACAAUGCAUGUGGCUUGUCUUAAUCACUUCACCUUCUUUGCGUACGCCAGCUUUAAAUUAUUUGAAGCGACGAAUGCCGAAAAUUACUUCUAAAGAAGAUGUGGCUUUUGUGCUGGGAGAUGAUCCCAGUCUCAUGAUACGAGCUUUUUGCGCUACUUUAGGAGACAAAGAGGCUUUGGUACAGCGAAACCUCCUUAUUUUGUUAGUUGCUAGCUUUCCAUUAAAAGACAAAAACGUGGGAGAAAUUAUGAAACAAGACGACCUAAUUUUAUUGAUGAAAUCCGCAGUCUCUGUGGUUCUAAGAAAAGAUAUGUCGUUGAGUCGCUGGUUGUACGCAUGGUUACUAGGUCCUGAUGAAAGUUCAGAGCAUCAAAUUCAACACUUUCAAGAAUAUGGAAAAGCUGGACUUGUUACAGCACUCAAGGACAUGUUCUUUACCAACGCAAGGGACUUGACAAGUAUUCAGCGUCCAUAUAAAAUAUUAAUUUCAUUGAUGGAUAAAUGGCAAAUCGGAAAUCCUGUAGUGCAAGAGAUCCUCGUGGAUAUUCUGAUAUCGUUAAAAGAUCAUAUGCAAAAAUCUGUUUUUUCUAAAGAAUUACUACAAACUGCACAAAUGUUUCUGCAAAUGAUUCCGCAAUAUGUGCUAUGGAUGAAACUGUACAAUCUUGUGCAAGAGCAAUUCCCUAGUUCUGAUUCACAAGUGACAAAGGCUUUAGACUUGGUUUAUUUUGUCGUGCAAGAAAUUAAAUUACACGAGGAAGAAAUUCAACAAAUACAUUUACCUUUGUUUCUGACAAUUUUAUUAUACAAACUGCAAGUGCUUGCAAAAAGUCCGGAAUUCAUACAACAUUUUUCUCAAAUAGAGAGUGCACUGCUAUUGGCGCAGAAUCUAAUAAAGGAAAUUCCUCAAGCUGCAUUCAAUCAGCCUGAAAUUGUUUUAAAUUUCUCAGAAGAAUCCAAGAAAAGCGAAACUCUGGAUGAUGAAUCUGGAUUGGAAUUUAUUGCUGGGAUUGAUCCUGUAAAGUACAUUGAUGAUUACUAUAAUGAAGAAAAUGAAAAUUUCAAGGGUAUUCAGGGAUUUGCGCUCGUGGAAGCAUUAUUGAAACCGCUUUUGGAUUUGAUCAAUUGUUUGAUUUCUCGGUGUGUGGUUGGAGAAGAUCAACAACGCGAUAAUUUUACUUUGGAUAAUAUGACUUUAAUAUUGGACAGAAGUUGUGGGCUUUUACGAAAAAUUUCCAAGCAUUUUACAAUUUCCUUAGAACAAUCUUCACGAAACUUUAUCGAAAUUCGAAAUUCGUUAAUUCAAAAAAUCUUUGACGGGGAGUGGAUCCACUCCUUACUAAAAUGCUGCUAUAAAGUUAAUAAUUUUCUCAUCAUCGACUCAGCACUUUCUACCAUAAUUGAUCUUAUUGACCGAAAAGUAAUUUCACCGACACUUUUGGAUCCAAAGCAACAAACUCGCAUUAUCGUAAACAAGUUAUGGUCAUUCUUGAAUCCUAACAAUGUCUUGUAUCACACGCGAUGUGUGCAACUUUUAUGGAAUCUUCAGAAAGUCUCGUCAGCUAAAUAUGUCGAGACAGUUUUCUGUGAAUAUUUAACGCAUAAAGAUAUUGCUGUUCGAUUGUCAUCAUAUGAGAAAUUUGGAAUAUUCUGGAGACUAUCAGAUGAUUCUUUUAAUGUCAGCAUGGCAUUUUCACAACCAAUGUUUCUUAUGCUUGAUACACUUCGCUAUGAAAAUCCCACAAAUCGUCGUGCGGGAGAAAUAUGGAUGAGAUCUCAACAGGACUCUUACUCGAAACUUUUGGAUCCCAUGAUCACUAUAAUUUGUGAUCCGUCUAUUGUCUUUUGUAGUACAGAAAUAAUUAUUGAUAAAGAAAAGUUUGCAUUUUUUCUUUACGAACGUCCAUUUAAUCAGGCUCAAGUUAAUUAUGUUUUUGAAACUAUGGUUACAGUCUGUCGAGUAAGCGGACAAGGAUUCUUAAGAGCAUUGCGAGAGUCAUACGUUAAAACCGAAAUAUUGGCUGAUUGUGGUUGGCUUUGGGGAUCUGUCCCUUCUUUGGCUAAUGUUACAUAUACCGAGCUUUUUAUUAGAUUGGCUCUUAGAUAUAUAGAGACCGAAAUGCCUGAAAUGUUAUCAUCUAUGAGUGUACUAAAUGAACAUAUACACAUGCAUGCAACUGAUUUGCUGAAUUUGAUUCUUACUCGACCUGAGCUAGUCGACUCUAGUCUGGUGUCGAUGAUUUAUGACGUUAGUUUACGAAAGAUUCUUUACAGCAUUCGAACAAAAAGAUUGGAUCUACAAGCAAGACUUUUACAUCUUUUAUUUUCGACAGUCAUAAUUAUUGGUUCUUCAAAAAUUACUAAUGGAAGGUCAUCGUCGCCAUCACCAAGUAUUUUCACUAAAAAAACAUCACUAUUAUCGGAACCAGCAUUCUCCGAAAGUACUACUUCAUUAUCACAACAAUCUCUCCACGAAGGAUUAUUAAAAGAUGAAAAAGAAUCUUCUCGCGCUUUGACAGCCACCACUAGUUCUCCCUUAUUUAUCAAAGUUUUACUUCAGGCUCUGUCAACACCUUCUAAUCGACCUUUGCUACAACAAUGGAUGGAUUUUAUCAUAAACACUUUUCUGUAUUUUCGUCAAUCAUUUAACACGAUAUUACUGCCGUUAUUGGGAUGCAUCUGUGAACAAUUACAACUAUGGAAAUCUGAAAUGCAAAAGCAACAUGAAAUUCUUUUAGCUGACUGCAUUGAUAAUAAAAAUACUGCUAGUAUUGAUAUGAAUGAAUUCACUGCAUCUGAUUGGAAUGUUAAUACUUUAUUUUCAGGGUUAGAAAAAACACUGGUAUUCUGUUUGUUGGAUAGUAUAUCGAAUAGUUCGGUGGAUGAUUCCGAUGUCAGUGUAAACGAACCUACGGCAUCUGGAGGAACAGCGCCAAUUUUCGUCUUUGAUCAUGGAAAUUCUGAUCCAGAGCAAAAGGUUUUCCCUCAUGUUGUUAGCAUUCUUCUGGAUAUAUGGGGCUUGUUCAGAAAAGCACCAUUUUCUGAAUUAAUUUCUAAUGAAGCUACCGCAAAGAACAAAACUGAUGUGACAACAGAUGGCGCAAAUGCUAAUCAUUCUUUUAAAUUAUCUUUAUUACAAAUGAGUGAGAAGGUUAAUUCGCGUAUUAUAAAGAUACUCGAGCGAUUAUGUAAGAACCAUCGAGAACUUAUUGAAGCUUUUGUCGAACUUUGGUGUCAAGAGAAUCCCAAUGCCACCGAAAAUAAGUUUAAUUCAAGCGACGAAAGCCACAUUAUUCAAUUGCUCAAAUUAAUACCGAGCUGCUCACCGCAAAAAGUUAUUACCGUAUUGCUCGAAAGUAGUCGUGUACGAUCUCAUGCUGUACAAUUGGCCUCGCGAGCAAGGAAACCCUUAACAAAGCAGAACAAAUUAUCAGACGUUUUAAUAUUAAAAUUCCUCGAGGUUUAUACGGAUUCUCUGAGUGCGAAUAUAGAGGAGCCGUUUGUCGAUGUAUGGCAACAAUGUUUAAGUUAUGUCAAAGAUUUUUCGGCGCAAGCUACUAUUUAUAAAUAUUUGCUUCCGUCUUUAAUGAGAUUCAUGACUGUAAUACUUUUAAGAUUAUCCACAACAAAUUUCUUUAAAGAAAAUCGUACUCAACGAGAAAUGCAGGAUAUUUAUCAGCGUGUACUUGAAUAUUGUGUUCAAAUUGCAGGACGUUCCUUUGACCAGUUUCUUUGGUCAAGACGGACAGCACGUGAGGACGAAGAUACAAUAAUUAAUGCUGCAGAUGGAAAUGAGGACACUGAGUCUUCUCGUUCGAGUACUCCUCUACCAGAUGAGAAAAAGGGAGCAGGAAAAUCAAAAGAAGAGUUAACAAUCGAGCAGGUCAAUCUAUAUCUUGCCAAUUCUGUGAUUCCAAAUCUAAGGAGGUUCUUCUUGUUCGAAUCGGACCGUAUUAUUCAGAUACUAUCCAAUGUCAUGUAUUAUAUUAUUGCACCGGCAUUGAAAAAGCAGACAGGUAAUGCGAUAAAUCAAAUCAUCUUAGAUAUGCUAUGCGAGUUAUCACAGAUUCCUUCCGUCUAUCCUCGAUGGCGCAAAGAAGUUUGGGACGUUUUCAUCGACAACCGCUUCUUCACCAUGAAUUCUGCUUAUGCCAAAAAGUGGCAUGGGAUAAUGAAAAUUAUUAUGAUUUCUGAAAAAGAAAGAUUCUUAGAAAUACUAAAUCGGAUAUCGACCUCGCCUACAAAUACAUUAUUCACAAGUAAAGAUCAAGAAUCAUAUAAUCGUGCAUUGAAUCUACGACGCCUAUCUUUUAUUAUAUAUUGCGGCAAAAUGGAUCAAUAUUUAUCCCAGUUGCCUAUGGUGCAGGAAAAAUUGGUGGAAUUGUUGAAACUGGGGUUAACCGAGAUGGUUCACGUCGAGAUAUAUUUAUGUUUACGAAUACUCUUGUGUCGCAUAACGAAUCAACAUUUAUCGAAUUUUUGGCCGGUCAUAUUAACUGAAUUGAUACGUCUUUUUGGAAUAUUACAACAAGAAAUACUACCAGAACAACCAGAAGUGCUCAAUGUAUUUCUGGCUUCUUGCAAAUUUUUGGAUCUUUUAUUCGUGUUGCAGACUGAUGAAUUUCAAGUAUAUGAAUGGAUAUUCAUUACAGAUACCAUUGACGUGAUUUAUCGGUCGGCAUCUGAGUCUUCAUACGCACAAUUAGACAAACUCGGUGAAAAACUAAUAGUUCAACAUGAAAGAAGUGGUGACUCCAAGAACACGCAAGCGAAUCAAAUCUCAAAAAAACCGAAAAGAACCAGUUCUCCUUUACCACCACAACUUCCAUCUAUAUCUUCUUCCUCCACAUCUUUAAUUUCCCAUUCCACCGGUGGAGACCUUAAACGCCCAAUGUUAACAAUGCGAACCAUAACUAACCUUGGACAAUUGGAAUUUUUCGUGCGCCAUGUUAGUCUCUACGUGUAUCAAUCUACUUUUUCGCUAGCUGAACCUGAUUUAGCUUAUAUUGAAAGUUUGCUUGAAAAUGAUUUAUUGGAUGGUGGUGAUUUUGUUGAAGGCAAUUAUAAUAAUAAUAAUUCAAGUGGUUCGUUGUUAUCAUGGACAAUUUAA